CAACAAUGGAAUCGGCAAAACCUAAUGAACGCAAAUCAAAAGAUCUCGAGAAGGGCAAACAACCGGUCCAAACGUUCGAAUUCAUCACCUUGACCGACAACCAGAAGAUCGACGGACAUGAUCGCUAUACAGUCCGCAAACAAGCGAUGAAGAAUAACACGAAUCGGAGGAUCAAAGUUAUACAACAAGCAUUACAAUCAAAGAGAUUCCGACUGCUGCCAAGAGGACUACAGGACUUGGAGGACAAGCCCAAGAUCAAGCCAGCUUGUACGAAGGCUAGUUCUUCCAAAUCCUCGGGGAUGAUGAUGCAGACGUUCGAAUUAUCGCCGGUGUACUUCAACGACGAUUAUUCUAUGAUAGACUCGACGAUGCAGUUGCCAACACAGUCUGGGUGGAUAAACCCAUAUCUUGAAGGAGGAAGUGUCUUUGAUCCCCAAAGUGCGAGCCGCAACAGCUCUAUCUCUUACUCCGACUCUCUUGACGAUCUACUUCACAGCUUUUCAGCACUACAAUACCAAACAUCGCACGAAGACACUGUUCCCCCAAGCAUCGAUCCUCUAUCAUCGAUCCCAGAAAAUAUACCCUACCGUGCCCGACUUCUCAUCCAACAUGACUUCACAGAACGUAGCCGAGCCACUUCUCUGAUGAUGUCUGUUCGCAAGUCGUGGCUUGCACUAUCACUCACCGAUGCUGCGUUAUUCAAUGUGGUACUCGCACAUUAUGCUGCGAGUUAUUGUCUGUUGACUGGUCAUGGGGAUCCGAUGGAGGCGAUCUCGUUCACGGCUGCUUCGAUCAAUAUCAUCAAUGAGAGGAUGAAUUGGCCGGACCAGAGAACAAGUGAUGGAACAAUUGCUGCUGUUGCGGGGAUGGUGUUACAAGAGGUCAAGAACGGAGACGAAGUGGCUGUAAAAGCCCAUCUCAGCGGCCUAGAACGAAUGAUCACUUUGCGUGGCGGGCUUCACAAAGCUAGGUUUCCCGCAUCGCUUCAACGAAUGAUAGCGUGGGCUGAACUCCACGCCUCGAGUGUUUUCUCCACCACACCGAAUAUCCUCCCAUACGACGCACCGGCUCUAGACAUUCCACCCUACACUAUCACAGCCACCAGCAGCGGCUGUUUCCUUCUCUCGAGCUCAGAACUUCCUUUCAACCGCAGCAUUACAUGGGAUCCAAUCGAGACAAAUAUCGAACAAGUCUUCGCAGAUCUCCGAUACCUAUCCUCUGUCCUUGAAUCUGAGGAUACAAAAUCUGCCGAGGAAGUCGACAACAUGUGGUACAGCGACAAAACAUACCUCGUAAAACGCAGUCUCGUGUACCUAUACCAACAUCCUCAACUUUCACAUUCUCGACUAGACACGCUGAAAUGUCUCGCUGCCUCCAUUUUUGUAGAUUCUUGCUUUCGAGAUCAGAGAUUCAGCGCUUGUUCAAUUGGAAUUCUCGUGACAAAAUUGAGAUCGGAGCUAGAGUCAUUCUUGAUGUCGUAUGAUCUCGAAUUGGUCGAGCAUAGCGAGGAGGAUGAGAAAGCUUUGAUGUGGGUUUGUGCAUUUGGGGGCAUUGCAGCUUAUGGCUGGGCGGAGAGGAGUUGGUUUGUCGAACAGUUUGCCAGGGUUUGUGGGAGGUUGGAGAUUAGGGAGUGGGAGCGAGCGAGAAAGAUCGUGAGCGAGACGCUGUGGAAUGAGAGAUGGGAGGAGCCGAAAGGGGCUUUAUGGCGGGAGACUGUUGAGACGAAGACAAGUAUGAUUGAUGAUGCUUCUUUUGACACGAUAGAUUACAGGGUAGAUGCAGGUAAUAUAUCGCAAUACAUGCCCUGAUGAAAGAUACUUUCCACAUUUCGGCGCUCAUUAGCCGAAUGUCAACAAAAUCCCUUCGUGCUGCUUCCCAUCUGCUUCAGGACGGCAAGAAUACUGUGGUACUUAAAUAUGCU